AUGUACACAAAAGGCUCAGGACAACUGGCAAGAGGCAGUUUAGAGAAAAUGUCAGAAACAGGAGAAGAGAGGAGGGGGGAGGAUUUCUCAGGAAGUGAAAAUGGCGAGGAAAAGAGAAACGCUGAAGAAGAGGAUUUUGAGGAAGUCGUGCCAGAGGCUGCGUCCUCCACUCUGAGAAGACUUGAACCACCCAAACAGCAAAACAUGCUCCAUAUCCCAGAGGUAGUUGACGACUUCCUGAGGAACUUCCUCCGCAGACUGGGCCUGAAUCGAACUCUGAGAAGCUUCGAAGCGGAAUGGUACGGCUCAGCUCAGAGACCCCCGACGGACCCCCUGUCACCUGUAGGGACAACAGACCCCGGCGUGGUCUUUAUCCCUGAUGCUUUCACACACAUGAAGCUCCUCCAGUGCGAGCUGGACUCAGUUCACAGAGAGAUGGACGUGAGCAGGCAGGAGGUGCGGGCGGCGGCGGAGAGCCUGGUGCGGACGCAGAGGGAGAGGGACUUCCACCAGUUGCAGUAUCGACGGGUCGCCGACCAGAAAAACAAGCUGGUGGAUGACUGGAAGCAGAUGAGGGAACACCUGAGGUCGUACGAGCCUUUGCUCAGGCAACUGGAAGACAAAUACCAAACAGCUCUGAGGCAGAAAGUGCUCAUCGGUUUACAAAAGGGCUACGUCCAGAGCGCCACGGACCAAGGAAGGAGCAAGGGAAAAAACAAGGAGAAGAAGGAAAACAUCUUCAAAGGCAAAAGGGCUGAAAAGUCACCAGCAAAGAACAACAAAAGCCAACAGCCAAAUGAGUUUCCUGUCGUCGGUGGGCUGGUGAGACCUCAGCAGGCCCCGAAAAAACCUGGGGAAAGUCGAAAAAUCCAGUUCCUUUAG